CUUCUCAAAGGGAGACCCUGCUGCCCCAACCCCCACGAUUUCCUCCCCACUUUGGGAGGCCUGCACUAGAUCUCAGACAAGACUUUUACCUUGAUCUGCUCUGUCUGCUAGAUUCAAAGGAGAGGAGACCUGAGAAGGUGCUGGAUGGACAAGAGGGACAAGUCCAGGGCAGCGGCCGCUGGUCGCCCGCCCGCUUCUCGCCCUCCCGGCCUUCAAAUCCCCAAGCCCGCAGGGUCUCCACGACCCCCUCCUCCAGUAACCAGCGCUGCUCUCCGAGUUCUGGGAGCAGCAGCAGCCGCAGGGCGAGGGCCCCUGGCAGAGCGAACGGGGGGCAUCCGGGGAGCCGCUCUCCUGGAGGUUACUCCCCAGGUGGGACCAACGAGGAGCGCUGGGACGGGCCCCCGGAGCCCAGCCUCCAGGCCCCCAGCAGCUGGGAGAGGGGAGCGGACCCCUGCCAGGACCCCAGGCUCAGGCUGUAUCUCUAGCCCUGGGCAUGCCAGCCCGCCCACCAGACCAGGCCUUCUUGGGCAGAAGGGGCUCCGUCCCCCAGCUGAGGAACCUGCAGCCAGAGGAAAAGCCACAGAUUCACCCAGAAGGAGCACCCUUAGUACUGGGGCACGGAGAGACUCUUCUGGGUCCACCCCAGCCAUCCCCUCCCCGGUCAAUUCCCGUCGGCCCCGGGCUGCGGGCGCUGAGGUGGGUGUCCCUCGGGCAGCUCCAAGUGCCCGGCUCCGGCCCCCGACGACUGAGGCUUCCAAGAAGUCAGUGAGCAGCGCCCCAGAGCGAAGCGCGGCGGAGCCGAGCCCUGCCUCCAGGAGGCGACCCAGCGCCGGCGGGAGCCUCCAGAGGCCAACCUCACGCCCCCUGGGCUCUAGCGUCACCCCUGUAUCCUCCCCAGUCCGCUCUGGAGCGUCCCGGGCUGGAGCACCCCGGGCUCUUGUUCAGCCCAAGUCGAAAGGACUGCAGACUCUUCGCGCCCCGCAGGCCACAUCCCCCAGGAAGGGCGCAGCCCCAGUGAGGGGCCUUUCUCCUCCUCUGGCCACAUCCUCUCUACCUUGUCCCACCGCACCGCCUCCGCGUGUCCCAACCACUCCCUGUCGGGACGCACUUCCUCCUUCUCCACCGACCACGCCCCCUUCCCAGGCCCUCAGCCGGUCUUUGACCACGCCCCAUCCACUAGCCCCUCCCUCUCCGGCUCCGCCCUCUCUGCUGACCCUCCCGUCUCCGCCGGCCACACCUCCUUUGCAGGCUCCACCCACACACCUGGGUACAUCUUUUCCGGAGGGGUCCGCCUCUCCCUUGGCCAUGGCCCCUCUUCUGGCAUCAGUCCCUCCAUCAGUUUCACCUACUCUGCAUAGUGUACUCCCCACCGAGGCGUCUUUGACUUUACCUCCUUUUCCAGCUCUCCCCUCUCCCUUAGCCACACCGCCUUCCGCAAGUCCUCUACCACCAGCCGCUGCCCCCCUACAAGCCCCUCAGUCUCAGGCAGCAUCUGUGAGGAACCUGCCCUCUCCCCUAGCCACACCCCCUCCGCAGGCUCCUUCCGCUCUGGCCACGCCCCCUCCGCAGGCCAGUCCUAUGUCUCCACCUCUUCAGGCCACGCCCUAUACACUGGACACGCCUCCCACACCCCCUCCACAGGCCACACCCUCUCAGACCACACUCUCUCUUCAGGGUCCUCCCCGUUCAGAGUCUCCCUCUCUCCUGGUCAGGCCCCUGCUACAGACUCCACCUCCUCUGGCUACUUCCCCUCGACAGGCCGCUCCUAUACAGGCCCCAUCUCUAGCCUCACCACCUCUGCGGGCGACCCCUCCUCCGCUGGCCGUGCCUCAUCCGCACUCUCCACCUUCUCUGACCACGCCUCCUGUACAGGCCACUCCCCCUCAUCAGAGCCUGCCUCCUCUGCUGGCUCCACCUUCUCUGGCCUCACCUCCUUUGCAGGCCCCACCCUCUCCUCCCCCUGCUUCAUCUCUGCAUGAUCCUCCCUCUCUUCGGGCUCAGCCCCCACAGAGAGGUCUACCUUCUCUGGCCUCUUCUCCUCUUCAGGCCCCCCUUUCUCCCCCUGCUUCACCCCCUCUGCAAGACUCUCCCUCUCCCCUGGCCACACCUCCUCCGCGGGCUCUACCUUCUCUGAGCACGCCCCCUUUACAGGCCGCUCCUCCUCCUCCAAGCCUGCCUCCUCUGCAGGCUCCACCUUCUCUGGCCUUGCCCCCUCUUCAGGCCCCUCCUUCUCCCCCUGCUUCACCCGCUCUGCAAGACUCUCCCUUUCCCCUGGCCACACUCCCUCCGCGGGAUCCGCCUUCUUUGAGCACGCCCCCUUUACAGGCCACUCCUCCUCUGAGCCUGCCUCCUCUGCAGGCUCCACCUUCUCUGGCCUCUCUCCCAAUGCAGGGGGUUCCCUCUCCCUCUGCUUCAUCCCCUCUGCAAGACCCUCCCUCUUCUCUGAUCACGCCCCCACCACGUGCUCCACCUUCCCUGGCAUUGCCGACUUUGCAGACCCCUCCCUCUCCCCCUGCCUCACCUCCUCUGCAGGCCCCACGCCGCCCUCCAACCCCGGGUCCCGAUGCCCCCAUCUCGGGCCCACGGCUGACCCUGGCGCUGGCCCCAGGCCCACCGCCGCCGCCGUCGCGCAGCCCGUCUAGUACGCUGAGUGGCCCGGACCUGGCGGGCCACAGCAGCAGCGCCACCAGCACUCCCGAGGAGCUGCGCGGCUACGACAGUGGGCCUGAGGGCGGCGCCGCAGCCUCUCCGCCUGCCGAUGCCGAGCUCGCCGCCUGCCACCCGGCAGCUUGGAGCCGAGGUUCCGCUCCGCCUCUGGCCAUCCGCAGCACCCCAGGAGCGCCCCUGCCUUGGUCUCCUGCAUCCGGGUCGGGCUCUGCUGAUGGCUUGUGCACCAUCUAUGAGGCUGAAGGUCCCGAGUCGGCGAGCCCCGCCACAGACGCACUGGAUCCCGGGCCCGGGCCCGGCGCGGGCGGUGGGAAGGCGGCGGCCGGAGCUGCGGCUGGCGCGGCCUCUCGUGGCGCGAAGCCGGCGCGCUUGGGAGAGCUGCCGCUGGGGGCGCUGCAGGCGAGCGUCGUGCAGCACCUGCUGAGCCGGACGCUGCUGCUAGCUGCGACAGAGGAGGCCGCGGGAGGCAGCGGUGGUCCAGGUGGCGCCGGGGGUGGCGGCAGCGCGGGGGGAGCCCGCACUGCGCUGAGCGACGCCGAACUGGGCCGCUGGGCCGAACUGUUGUCGCCGCUGGACGAGUCCCGCGCCAGCAUCACCUCAGUCACUAGCUUCUCCCCAGAUGACGUGGCUUCCCCGCAGGGUGACUGGACCGUGGUAGAGGUGGAGACCUUCCACUGAGCCCGACCCUGUCCCCGCCCGCCCACCCCACCCCUGCCUUAGGUUCGCCCCUCUGGUUACACCUCAAAGGUCUUAGAUCUCUUCCUCCCUUCCUCCAGGAGUCCGGCUUCCCGUGGAUUGGCCUCAGUCCCUUUAGAGCCCUAGAAUUUUGGUCCUGGCUUGCGGCCCAACACCUUUGGCCAAGGCCCUCCCUUGAGCCCCUCGCCUUUGGCCCAGCACGCGUCCCUGCACCCUCGAGCCCCGUCCCUCCCUCGGCCUAGGCUCUUCCCGGUGUCCAGUGUAUCGUCUACCGCGCGCAGCCCGAGUUUGCAAUAAAGCGGAGGC